UUUCAUGUUCAGAUGGUCGAUUUCGGAAAGGAAAAAAAAUCAUGAAAGCACGUAGAAAUUGAAGAGUGGACCACUGAUUGGCUGCUAUAAAAAGAGGUGCUCUGAAGGAGAUGGAACGUAGAAUUGGAAGCCUAGCAGUAGUAUUGUGAGCUUCAGCUCUUGCAUUAAUGGCUUCCACUCCGGGGAUUCUCACCGAUUGGCCAUGGACGCCUCUUGGAAGCUUCAAGUAUUUGAUUUUGGCGCCUGGAGUGAUUCACAGCAUUUACCAUUACGUCGUGAAGGAUGAAACCGAGAGAGACAUUUCAUACCUUACGAUUUUUCCAUUUCUUUUGUGGAGGAUGAUUCAUAGCCAGAUAUGGAUAUCUCUGUCUCGCUAUCGAACUGCUAAAGGCAGUGCGCUUAUUGUCGACAAGGGCUUGGAAUUCGAUCAAGUCGAUAGAGAAAAAAAUUGGGACGAUCAAAUACUGUUGACUGGAGUUCUAGUCUACAUUGUGAGCAAUAUUCUGCCGAAAGCUUCAAAUCUUCCUCUAUGGAGGACAGAUGGAGUGGUUAUUACGUUUUUGGUUCACGCAGGUCCAGUGGAGUUUCUGUAUUACUGGUUUCACAGAGCUCUGCACCAUCAUUACCUCUACUCUCGCUACCAUUCGCACCACCAUUCUUCCAUUGUUACAGAGCCAAUCACUUCUGUGAUUCAUCCAUUUGCAGAAGAAUUGGCAUAUUUCUUCCUGUUCGCGAUACCCAUGAUGACGGCAGUGUUUUCUGGAACAAUGUCUGUGGGAGUUUAUGUUGCUUAUAUUACUUACAUCGACUUCAUGAACAACAUGGGUCAUUGUAACUUCGAGUUCAUCCCUAAUAGCCUCUUCACACUCUUUCCUCCUCUCAAGUUCCUCGUCUAUACUCCAUCGUUUCAUUCGUUGCACCACACGCAAUUCCGAACGAACUACUGCCUAUUUAUGCCCUUUUACGACUACGUCUACGGCACAUACGAUAAAUCUUCAGAUUCUCUCUACAAAAACUCCCUCAAAAGAAAGGAAGAAGUUGCUGACGUGGUCCAUCUGACUCAUCUCACUACUCCCGAAUCCAUCUAUCAUCUACGGCUAGGAUUUGCCACGCUGGCCUCCACGCCCUACUCCUCCACGUGGUAUCUUUGCUUACUGUCCCCCAUCACCGUGGCCUCCAUGCUGCUUAUGUGGAUCUAUGGCCGUACAUUUGUCGUCGACAGGAACAAGAUUGAUGGGCUCAAAAUGCAAACGUGGGCCAUCCCCAAGUUUCAAUUUCAGUUCUUGCUUCAAUGGCAACCAAUAAACAACUUGAUUGAAGAAGCCAUAAUCGAGGCUGAUCAAAAGGGCUGUAAAGUCUUGACGUUAGGCCUCUUGAAUCAGAGCGAGGAACUGAACAAACAUGGAGCGUUUUAUAUAGAAAGAAACCCGAAACUAAAAGUGAGGGUGGUGGAUGGGAGUAGCUUGGCUGUGGGUGUAGUGCUGAAUAAUAUCCCAAAAUUUGCAACCCAAGUCCUCCUCACAGGAAAAAUUACAAAGUUGGCCCUUGCAAUUUUUCAUUCCCUUUCCAAAAGAGGCAUCCAAAUUGCUGUGUUGAAUCAACAUCACUACAAACAGCUCAACAAAGCUUCUAAAUCCGAGGGCUCUUUGGUCCUUUCAACUGGCUCUUCUCAAAAUAUAUGGUUGGUGGGAGAUGGAGUGACAGAUGAAGAACAGCUGAAAGCUCCAAAAGGAACAACUUUCAUUCCCUUUUCACACUUCCCUCCAAAGAUUAUACGCAAAGAUUGCUUCUACCACUACACCCCUGCAUUAAAAGCUCCCCCUUCGAUCGAAAACGUGCACUCGUGUGAGAAUUGGCUACCGAGACGAGUGAUGAGUGCAUGGCGCGUUGCUGGGAUGGUGUAUGCUAUGGAAGGGUGGACGGAGCACGAGUGCGGCAACGCUAUGUUCAACGUCGAGCAAGUUUGGAUGGCGAGCCUUCGACACGGGUUUCAGCCUUUGAAGAUGUCAAGUAGUAUUGCCUAUGGCUCUAUGUAGUUUCAUUUUAUGUACUAUGUCUAUGUUUUUAGGUAAUAGCUAUGUGUUGGUGUUUGUGGGGGAACCUAAUUUAGUUUCUAAUUCAAAGGAGGUCCCUUACCCCAAAAUUAGGUUAAAAAUUUAAUCCUCCGAAAAAAUGUGGUCAAUCUAAAUGGUACUACCGUUUGAGUUUGGUUA